AUGGAUCACGCCAAAGCCAUGGCUUUAACCAACUGCUAUCACUCGUCAUGCCACGGGGCCGGUGAUCCCAUGCCGGCUAAUGAUGGAGGUCCCAAGAACGAACUGUCCCAUGAUGGAGCUCGAAACGGUGCUUCAUGGUCGAGCGAGGACACCAAGAUCGGAAAGUCAUCUAAGGAUGGCCUUGACCACCUAUCCGCAGUCGGCACGGCUGACCAUCAGGCGGAUGCUGCCGGAACUACCUCGCAGGAAGUCAACGUUCGUGGUGCUGAGCUCGAUGCUAGCCACUUCCAUCACGACAUGAAUGGUGCUUCUGACGGCCCUUUCCGUGGUAACCCAGGUGAAAGCUGGGAGAUCAUGGAUCCCAAAUCCCUCAACUGCGACCACGUGCAGACCAUUGCCAACCAGCAUGGAGUCUUGGAUUUCGCGAUGGAUGUAAAUGGCUCCGGUUCUCCAGUUCAAGGUGGGCCAAAUAGGGUCAUGACAAAACCAACCCCUCCGGAGCGUGAGUACAAACGGAGCAACACCAUCGCAGGCGCGAAUGACAUUGAACUUGACGAGCUUGAUCCGGACUAUCUGUCCCGUUUGAUCCCCUUCGGAGACAGUAUGUUCAUCGGCGAACCUGGUCCGGACGUCGGCCCCGGCACCGGGUACCGCAAUUACGGCCAAAGUGACCCUUUUGCCACCCACGGUGACUCUGUUCCCCCUGCUCGUCGACAGGAGGCGCCCCGAUUCAUCCGCAAGCCUCUGUCACAGACAGAGCUGCGAAGACCGAAGCCGGCCCGGCUCAGAACCCAGCGCUUGGCCAACCCACGAUCACCAUCGAUACGCCAUCUUAUGUCUCUUAAAGAUCUCGAUGAGCGUCCCAUUAUGGUGACCACGGCUAUGGAACACGUCAUAUACGAUGGACCAUGCAGCCACUGCCACAAGAACCGAUGUCUGUACGACGACGCCGAGGGUGAGCCUUUGUGGCGCCUUCGCAUGACCCGGGAUACCAGCAUCAUAAAGACCGAGGGCUUCUGUGAUCACUGCGUUCGCAACCACUGCCCCUGUGUCUAUGAUGCCAGAUGGGGUACGCACCAUGCCCAGUCCAUACUGGCCAAGUGGCACGAGAAGCACGGGGUUCGCAUCGCCAGUGACUCCGGCACCAUCAUUCAUUACGACACCAACACUCCAGUGGUGACUGCGCUGCCAGCUGCUCACUUCGCGCAGCAUGAAACGGAGACAGGUCGUCGUUUCAUCAAGCGCGGAUUCGGCGACACGUAUGUCACCCGCCUCACUCAUCACGAGCGGGACCUCGAAGCAGGGCAGCCUGACGACGACUACGACGACGACGACGAUCACAGCGUCGAGGCCUUCCGUAUGCCCAGUCAUGGUACCGGGGCCGAGCACCGCCGCGGUCACGUUCGCCUUUCAGGGAAGCAGGACGGCCGGUGUGGGUGUCGCUGCUGGGUCUUGGCCGGCAUUGUCUUUCUGCUGGCUGCUGGUGUUGUCGUCAUUUCGCUCUUCGCUGCUGGAGUCAGGUUCUGA